AUGCGGUCGUUCGGCCUCGCCCUCCUCCCUGCGGUGGUCGUGCCGUUCGGCGGGGUGCCGCCGGGCGUGUCGCCGCACCGACGAACGGUCGCGCUGCGCGAAUCCUACGACGUUACGCUCGACCUGCCGGACGGCCAGUCCGUGACCUUCCCCUGCGCCGACGACGAGUUCAUCCUCGACGCCGCCGAGGAGGCCGGCUUCGAGCUCCCCGCGUCGUGCCGCAGCGGCGCGCGCGCCGCGUCCACCGCCGCGCGCGCGCGCGCGGCCGCCGCUCCGCCGCCCGCCGAUUCGGGUCCGCCGCCGACGCCGCCGCCGCCCGCAGGCGCGUGCACGGUCUGCCAGGGCCGCGUCACGAGCGGGACCGUCGAGCACGACGACCAGUCGACGCUCGACGACGAGCAGCUCGCCGCGGGCUACACCUGCGCGGCGCCGGCGCCGCCGCGGCUCCUUUUUCCGCGCGUUUUCACCGGUUCCGCGCAGGCACGUGCGUGGCGUACCCCGAGAGCGACGUGCGCAUCGUGA